AUGAUAUCAGCACAGACUCUUAAUGCUCUAACAGUAAAUCUAUAUGGUACUAAUAAACAAUUAUUUGAAUGUCAACUUCUUGGUUUUCUUACUUAUGAAACAGGUGGUUGUUUCUAUAUGAGCUUUGUUCUUCAAGCAUUUUAUCGAUUAAUAAGAGUUGUAUAUACCAAAUACAAAUUUUUACGGGCUCCUCAAUCGUUACGAGAACGACAACGAACAAGGGUUAAUCGUGAUCUGAUUGUCACUCGUCGUAUUGUAUUUCUUGUCAUGGCUCUUGCUUUACCUGGAUUACCAAAUCUAGGCUUCGCUAUCAUGACAAAUAUUGAUCAUCGUUUUUCUGGUUCUUAUCAUAUGUAUCAAAUUGAAUUUAUGGGUCCAGCAGUUGUUGUGUUCAUACUUAGUAUAGCGAUCAUAUUUAUUACUCCACAAAUCAAACAAAUCAUUUCAAAAAUGAAAAUUUUGUAG